GCUAUGCAUCCUCCCGGGCCGGGUAGAGUUCGGUUGAGCGGGUGCCGGAUGGUGGGGGAGUACCACUGAUGAGAGAGCGGGCCGGAGAAGGGACUGCUUUAGUACGCUUUGGAGGACCAUUAUUUCUGUCUGCUGGACACUGAUAAACACCUAGGGCGGGUUUCUUCAUCUAUUGUGGGAGGUGGCCUAGAGUGCUCUGCUUCUGGUUUCCAGCAGCAAUGUCACAGAGGAGUGGGCAGGAGGACCCGGAGCGGUACCUCUUUGUGGACCGUGCUGUGGUGUACAACCCGGCUGCACAGGCUGACUGGACUGCCAAAAGGUUGGUAUGGAUCCCAUCAGAACGCCAUGGCUUCGAGGCUGCGAGUAUUCAACAGGAGCGUGGAGAUGAGGUGGUGGUGGAGCUAGCAGAGAAUGGGAAGAAGGCAGUGAUCAACAAGGAUGACAUUCAGAAGAUGAACCCACCCAAGUUCACCAAGGUAGAGGACAUGGCUGAACUGACCUGCUUGAAUGAGGCUUCCGUGCUUCACAAUCUCAAAGACCGCUACUACUCCGGCCUUAUUUAUACAUAUUCUGGUCUCUUCUGUGUGGUCAUAAACCCCUACAAAAACCUGCCCAUCUACUCAGAAAACAUCAUUGAGAUGUACAGGGGCAAAAAGAGGCACGAAAUGCCCCCUCACAUAUAUGCCAUCUCAGAGUCUGCAUACAGAUGCAUGCUACAAGAUCGAGAGGAUCAGUCCAUUCUCUGCACCGGUGAGUCGGGAGCCGGUAAGACGGAAAACACAAAAAAGGUCAUUCAGUACCUGGCACAUGUUGCCUCCUCCCACAAAGGAAGAAAAGACCACAACAUUCCUCCAGAAUCACCUAAACCAGUGAAACUACAGAGUGGACCCCUGUUUUAUGGUGAAUUGGAACGGCAGCUGUUACAAGCCAAUCCUAUCCUUGAAUCUUUUGGGAAUGCAAAGACUGUGAAAAAUGACAACUCAUCACGUUUUGGGAAAUUCAUCCGGAUCAACUUUGAUGUCACCGGAUACAUCGUUGGGGCCAAUAUUGAAACCUACUUGCUGGAGAAAUCCAGAGCUAUUCGUCAAGCCAAAGAUGAGCGCACCUUCCACAUUUUUUAUCAGCUGCUGGCUGGAGCCGGGGAGCACCUCAAGUCGGACCUGCUUUUGGAAGGAUUCAACAACUACCGUUUCCUGUCCAAUGGUAACAUCCCAAUCCCGGGCCAGCAGGACAAAGACAACUUCCAUGAGACCAUGGACGCCAUGCACAUCAUGAGCUUUGCACAUGAGGAGAUUCUGGCCAUGUUGAAAGUGGUGUCCUCGGUCCUUCAGUUUGGCAACAUCGUCUUUAAGAAGGAGAGGAACAGUGACCAAGCUUCUAUGCCCGAUAAUACUGCUGCUCAGAAGCUCUGCCAUCUGCUGGGGAUGAAUGUAAUGGAGUUUACCAGAGCCAUCCUGACUCCAAGGAUUAAAGUGGGGCGAGACUAUGUGCAGAAAGCACAGACUAAAGAGCAGGCGGACUUUGCUGUUGAGGCCCUGGCUAAAGCAACAUAUGAGCGUCUUUUCCGCUGGCUUGUCCAUCGCAUUAAUAAAGCUCUGGAUCGAACCAAACGGCAGGGUGCUUCCUUCAUUGGGAUCCUGGACAUUGCUGGUUUCGAGAUCUUCCAGCUGAACUCAUUUGAGCAGCUCUGUAUCAACUACACCAACGAGAAGCUCCAGCAGCUCUUCAACCACACUAUGUUCAUCCUGGAGCAGGAGGAGUACCAGAGGGAGGGCAUCGAGUGGAGCUUCAUUGACUUCGGCCUCGACCUGCAACCCUGCAUCGACCUCAUUGAGAGGCCGGCAAACCCUCCAGGUGUGUUGGCUCUGCUGGAUGAGGAGUGCUGGUUCCCCAAAGCCACAGAUAAGACGUUUGUAGACAAGCUGAUCCAGGAGCAGGGCACACACACCAAGUUUCAGAAGCCCAGGCAGCUCAAAGAUAAGGCUGACUUCUGCAUCAUCCACUACGCCGGCAGGGUGGACUACAAGGCAGAUGAGUGGCUAAUGAAGAACAUGGACCCUCUGAAUGACAAUGUGGCCACGCUUCUCCAUCAGUCAACUGACAAGUUUGUGGCUGAGCUGUGGAAGGAUGUUGACCGUAUCGUGGGUCUGGACCAGGUGGCAGGAAUGAACGAGACAGCAUUUGGUGCCACAUACAAAACGAAAAAGGGCAUGUUUCGUACAGUGGGACAGCUCUACAAAGAGUCACUCACCAAGCUCAUGGCCACACUGAGGAACACCAACCCCAACUUUGUCCGCUGCAUCAUCCCCAACCAUGAAAAAAGAGCUGGUAAACUUGAGCCUCACCUGGUUCUGGACCAGCUCAGGUGUAACGGAGUCUUGGAGGGGAUUCGUAUCUGCAGACAGGGUUUCCCCAACCGCAUCGUCUUCCAGGAGUUCAGACAGAGAUAUGAGAUCCUUACACCCAACGCCAUCCCCAAGGGGUUCAUGGAUGGGAAACAAGCCUGUGAAAGAAUGAUCCAAGCCCUGGAGCUGGACCCCAACCUGUUCCGUAUUGGUCAGAGUAAGAUCUUUUUCAGAACUGGUGUUCUGGCUCAUCUGGAAGAGGAGAGAGACCUGAAGAUCACUGACAUCAUCAUCUACUUCCAGUCUGUGUGCCGUGGAUACUUGGCCCGCAAAGCUUUUGCUAAGAAGCAGCAGCAGCUGAGUGCCCUGAAGGUCCUCCAGAGGAACUGUGCUGCUUAUUUGAAGCUGCGACACUGGCAGUGGUGGAGACUCUUCACCAAGGUGAAGCCGCUGCUGCAGGUUACCAGGCAGGAGGAGGAGCUGCAAGCUAAAGAUGAGGAGCUGAUAAAAGUGAAGGAGAGGCAGCUAAAGGUGGAGAACGAGCUGGUGGAGAUGGAGAGGAAACACCAACAGCUCCUUGAGGAGAAGAAUAUUUUAGCAGAGCAGCUCCACGCGGAGACCGAGCUGUUUGCCGAGGCUGAAGAGAUGAGAGUUCGUCUCCUCUCUAGGAAGCAAGAACUUGAAGAGAUCCUUCAUGACUUGGAGUCCCGGGUGGAGGAGGAGGAGGAAAGGAACCAGAGCAUGCAGAAUGAGAAGAAGAAGAUGCAGGCGCACAUCCAGGACCUGGAAGAGCAGCUAGAUGAAGAGGAAGCUGCAAGACAGAAGCUGCAGCUGGACAAAGUGACAGCUGAGGCGAAGAUCAAGAAAAUGGAGGAGGACAUUUUGCUGCUGGAGGACCAAAACUCCAAGUUCCUCAAGGAAAAGAAGCUGCUAGAGGACAGGAUUGCUGAGAUGACCUCCCAGCUAACAGAGGAGGAGGAGAAAGCAAAGAAUCUCGGCAAGGUCAAGAACAAGCAGGAGAUGAUGAUGGUUGACCUGGAGGAGCGUUUAAAGAAAGAGGAGAAAACACGUCAGGAGUUGGAGAAAUCCAAACGCAAACUGGAUGCUGAGACGACCGACCUGCAGGACCAGAUUGCUGAGCUUCAGGCUCAGAUAGAGGAGCUGAAGAUCCAGCUGGCCAAAAAGGAGGAGGAACUGCAGGCUGCUCUGGCCAGGUGCGACGAGGAGUCUGUGCAAAAGAACAAUGCUUUGAAGCAGAUUCGGGAGCUGCAGGCCCAGAUAGCUGAGCUCCAGGAGGAUCUGGAGUCUGAGAAGAUGUGUCGAAGUAAAGCUGAGAAACUCAAAAGAGACUUGAGUGAGGAGCUCGAAGCUCUGAAGACCGAGCUGGAGGACACACUGGAUACCACAGCCGCCCAGCAGGAACUCAGGAGCAAGCGAGAGCAAGAGGUGGCAGAGCUGAAGAAGGCCAUAGACGAGGAGACCAAAAACCACGAGGCUCAGAUCCAGGACAUGAGACAGAGGCAUGGCACAGCACUCGAAGAGCUAUCCGAACAGCUGGAACAGGCCAAGAGGUUCAAGGCCAAUCUAGAGAAGAACAAGCAGUGUCUGGAGAAUGACAACAAAGAGCUGGCCUGUGAAGUGAAGGCUCUGCAGCAGGCAAAGACAGAGUCAGAACACAGGAGGAAGAAGCUGGAGGCCCAGUUGCAGGAGUUCAUGGCCAGGGCCACCGAGGUGGAGAGAGCCAAGGGAGAGCUGGCUGAGCGCUCACACAAGCUCCAGACGGAGCUGGAAAACGUGUCUACUUUGCUGGAGGAGGCAGAGAAGAAGGGUGUGAAGCUGGCUAAAGAAGUUGAAAACCUGAACAGCAAACUGCAAGACUCAGAGGAGUUACGGCAGGAGGAGACGCGUCAGAAGCUGAACCUGAGCGGCCAAAUGCGCCAGCUGGAGGUGGAAAAGAACAACUUGCUGGAGCAGCAGGAAGAGGAUGAGGAGGCACGACGCAGCCUGGAGAAGCAGCUGCAGACAGUGCAGGCACAGCUGUUUGAGACAAAGAAAAAGUUGGAGGAGGACAUGGGAGCAAUGGAGGGCCUGGAGGAGGUGAAGAGGAAACUCCAGAAGGACAUGGAGCUCACCAACCAGCGUCUGGAGGAGAAGAGCAUUGGCCUGGACAAGAUGGAGAAGACCAAGAACCGACUGCAGCAGGAGCUAGAUGACCAGAUGGUGGAACUGGACCUGCAGAGACAGAUCGUCUCCAACCUGGAAAAGAAACAGAAGAAGUUUGAUCAGAUGUUGGCUGAGGAGAAGACCAUCUCUGCUCGUUACGCUGAGGAACGUGACCGAGCUGAGGCUGAGGCCAGAGAGAAGGAGACCAAGGCCCUGUCAAUGGCCAGAGCUCUGGAGGAGGCCUUAGAGGCCAAAGAGGAACUGGAGCGGUUUAACAAGCAGCUCCGUGCUGAAAUGGAGGACCUGAUGAGCUCCAAGGAUGAUGUGGGGAAGAAUGUCCAUGAAUUAGAGAAAUCCAAGCGUACGCUGGAGCAGCAGGUGGAGGAGAUGAGAACACAGCUGGAGGAGCUGGAGGAUGAGCUGCAAGCCACAGAAGAUGCCAAACUCCGCCUGGAAGUCAACAUGCAAGCCAUGAAGGCUCAGUUUGACCGAGACCUGCAGGCCAGAGAUGAGCAGGGCGAGGAGAAGAAAAGGGCGCUGGUCAAACAGGUACGUGAGAUGGAGGCGGAGCUGGAGGAUGAGAGGAAGCAGAGAACUCUGGCUGUGGCAGCCAAGAAGAAGCUGGAGAUGGACCUGAACGAGCUGGAGGGUCAGAUCGAAGCUGCCAACAAAGGCAGGGAUGAGGCCAUCAAACAGCUCAGAAAACUACAGGCUCAAAUGAAGGACUACCAGAGAGAGCUGGAGGAGGCCCGAACCUCCCGGGAUGAGAUUUUCACCCAGUCCAAGGAGAAUGAGAAGAAACUCAAGAGCCUAGAAGCUGAAAUCUUGCAGCUUCAGGAGGACCAUGCGGCCUCAGAGAGGGCCCGUCGACAUGCUGAACAGGAGAGAGAUGAGCUGGCUGAUGAGAUCUCCAGCAGUGCUUCUGGAAAGUCGUCAUUGCUGGAGGAGAAGAGGAGGCUGGAGGCUCGCAUCACCCAGCUGGAGGAGGAGCUGGAGGAGGAGCAGGGCAACAUGGAGCUGCUCAAUGACCGCUUCAGAAAGACCAACCUGCAGGUUGACGCCCUGAAUACUGAGUUGGCCGCAGAGCGCAACACUGCGCAGAAGAGUGAGAAUGCCCGCCAACAGCUGGAGCGGCAAAACAAGGAGUUGAAGGCCAAGCUGGCAGAGCUGGAAGGGGCUGUCAAGUCAAAGUUUAAGGCAUCCAUCACUGCUCUGGAGGCCAAAAUCCUGCAGCUGGAGGAGCAGCUGGAGCAGGAAGCCAAGGAGAGGGCAGCGGCCAACAAAAUUGUCAGACGUACAGAGAAGAAACUGAAGGAGGUGAUGAUGCAGGUGGAAGAUGAGCGUCGUCACGCUGACCAAUACAAGGAGCAGAUGGAGAAGGCAAACUCUCGCAUGAAGCAGCUGAAGCGUCAGUUGGAGGAAGCAGAGGAGGAGGCCACCAGAGCCAACGCCUCCCGCAGGAAGCUGCAGAGGGAGCUGGAUGAUGCCACCGAGGCCAGCGAGGGUCUCACCCGAGAGGUCACCUCUCUGAAGAACCGCCUCAGGCGUGGCGGUCAAGUGAGCAGCUUCUCCUCCAGCCGUUCGGGCCGGCGCAACCUCAAUCUGGACGGUGCCUCCGUCGACAUGUCUGAUGACGACGCCGACAGCCGCUCUGGCGACUUUAAUGAGACGCAAACCACCAAUGUCGAAUAACCGCAGCAGCGACCCUCUCUUCACUUCCCCCCUCUCCCCCAUUUAUGCCCCCCUCCUCCAUCUGUGACCUGCAACCCCCAACCAACAAUCCUCAGCAUCCACAUGGUCUCUAUUCAUCUCAAACCACUCAGAAGAUCCAAGCAAUGAGAUGUUUUUAUUCAAGCUGGGCGGGGCCCUUUUUCCAUCAAUUACCACUGCAGGGAAAAUCCACCACCCUCCUCAAGAAAAGCCUCCGAUCCCGGAGCGUCACAGGGGCAAACGGACACUUCUGCCUUACUCCGUUCUCCUCUGACAAGCUGCUAGUUCUGGCUCGUCCAUCAGUAUCAUCUCAGCGUCAUAACCCUACACCCCGUCCCAUCAAAAGAUAUCUGCUCCGCUUUUUGAGAAAGUAUAGGUACAAAGUGCUUUUUAUACAUACCAAACUCUGCGUGCAAGUGAAAGCUGUGAGGUGUGCACACGUCAUGUGACCGCACCUCAUACCGGAAAUGCAGGACUACAAGGAAAAGUGUUUCACUCUGGUGUUGUAAGUGUUCUGCUCACUCAUCAUGUAAAAGCCAUUUCUCACCUGAUCGUGUAAAAGCCAUUUCUCACCUGACACGCUCCCUCCAUCCAGUGUUCAGAAUGACUAAAACCUAAAAAACACAAACCGAGGUCACUGUGGCCUCUGGACUGCCACACUGACGGCUGCUUUUGUUGCAUGAGUCUCCUUCUGACGAUGUUUCUUGUUCAGCUUUUACACUGCAGCACUAUAGGAACAACUAACAUCUUGGGACAUGCAAUAGAAAACACGGACUCUGAAAUGAAAGUAUAUUACUGUGAAAAGAAAAAAAAAAAAAAGAGGUAUUAUAUUUUCUCUGUGGCUUCAUCUCAACUUGUAAUGAAGGAAUGUCUCGCUGGGUUUUAACUGGUUAUCUAAAGCUAACAACCUGUCCUGUGGAUUGGCCUGAGCUGUGAAUGAUGCAAAGAUGCUGGAAUAUGCACAAAACUGCACAGAGAAUUUUAAACAUAAAGCUAACAAGAGGAAAGAAGCUCAAACUGGAAGCACUAAGGCUGCACUCAGUGUGACACUAAAUGGUUAAUAAACACGUGCUCCAAUUAGAAAUGGAGAAAGAUUAAUAGUCACCCUGUCACUACAUUUACAAUGUUUGUGCUCAGCCACUCUUUGUGUUGCUGUUAAAUUGACUUUAUGCUAGGAUUUGGCAAAAUAUAUACUGUAAAUAAAAUGGAAAAAUUCAAGACUAAAGACUUAAAGCUUCAGCAAGCAUAGUUUUUUUUUUUUUUUCCUUUCUGAUCUUUAGGAACUCAAAUCGCGGUUUAAUGACUCUUGACUGCUGUUAAUGAAGGUCUUUCCAAAAUCCUAAAACAUUCACUACCAGCUGGAAGAAGAAAUCUUAAGAUUUUUAAGCCAACACGGAUGAAAAGUCUCAAGUGCCUGAGAAUCUGUCCAUCCAUCAGUCCAGUUUAAUAACAUAUGGGUCCAGGUUGUGGGGGUGGUAAUCUGAGCAGAGAUGCACAGUCCAAUCCCCCUCUCUCACUCCCCUGGACACUGAGGGGUUCCCAGGCCAACCAAAUGACUCCCCAGAGUGUCCUGGGACAGCCCUGGCACCUCCUCCAGGAUAGACACACCUGAAACACCUCAUCUAGGAAAGAUCCUAGUCAGGAGCUCCAACCAUCUCAACUAGUUCCUUUAUAUGUGGAGGAGUAGUGCAGCUGAAUGAUACCCUACAGAGGAAGGUCAUUUCUGCAAUCUCAUUUGUAUUAGAACAAGAUGACGAGCACAUCCUCCAAAGGCUGUCUGAAAAUCAAAGGUUAGAUGUAGUAAGAAGUCCCAUAAAGAUGGCAGCAGGAAACCUGUCUGACAUGUAACCCUUGAGUAUGUUUGUCUAGAAUAUUGUCACUUAUAUUAAAUGCAUAUUAACAUGUCCUGUGAAACAGGCAUUACAAGCUGCCUUCAACUCUGGGAAACAAGUUUAAAAGUGAUCUCAGAGUUUAGUCCGUUAGUGGUGAACCUCUUCUGGAGCUUUUGAUCAUUUGGUGUGUGGAUGGAGUCGGAAAAAAGUCCAGGCCUCUGCUGUGUAGACUUCCUCUCUCUGCUACAUUAGCAUAACAAACCUGAACUGAUUAAGUUGCAUUGUGGGAAAUGUAGGCGCUGGUUUUUGGCAAAGACUGAGGUGUGAUCAUGGUAUGUCUGGUUAUAUUGCAUUUAUUUUAAAGUCAUCAGUUGAGUUCCUCUUAAAUACUUCUCAUCUGUGCUGGCUCGUAAUUUCCAAGAAAAGAAAUGUUUAAAGUUUUAAGAAAAUACUUUUCAUCCUUCAGCCAGACGGUUAAGAUUGUUCCGAUUUCAAAAAUACCUUCAGAACAGCAGUAAAAGUCAGUAGAUACAAACUCUAAGCUCUGUGCUCUUUGAUCCCAACUCUUCAGACUUGAUCAAAGCACUUGGUCUACGUACAUUACGGUUCUCUGAAUUUAAGUUUUGUUUUUGGGGGUUUUUCCCCUUUAUUUGCUAUUUUAGUUCAAGUUUUGUUUUUUUUGUUUUUUUUUGCUCUGCUUGAACUUCAGCUGCACCACCACAGUGUGAAAACUACAUGCCAGGGCUCCCAUUGCCACUGUGUGUCGUUUGUCGCCAUCAGUGGUGGACUCCUUUGCCCCUCUCCUCAAAUCUUGACACUAAACAGUAUGUUUCUUUAAAAGUGCCUUAGACACUAAAUAAGAACAUAAGCAGGCAAAGAGUCCUCACAAAGGUAAACAGGUACAUCAUGAAGAUAUUCAAGACUUCAUUUUCCUUUUUUCUUUUGUAUUGUUGCUGAGCUUGGUAUCAUCAUAUCCACCGUGUACCUCUACGUUCAUAAUAACCUAGCUAGAGCGUGUGGGUCAGAGUCAGUAUUACAGUAUUAUGAUUAACUAACAUGAGAAGCGGAGCCCUCUGCAGCCUCAUUUCCCCACAUUACUCUCAUUCUAAGCUCGUUUCCUUCCUCAGGUGAAGGCUUAGCACAUUACUGUGGGAACUGAUGCGCUGCUCGGGAUGCAAUUUGGUUGGAAGCUUUAACAUUCACUAGUAGUUAACUCGGUUUUCUUUUAUUAUCCAGCAGUAUUUGCAGCUGAACGCCUGGUUGUCAACAACCAGGCGUUCAGCUGCAAAUACUCUCAUUGUUAUUUCUUGUAUACCUGUAUUUCUAGACAGUGAUUUUUUUUUUUUCUGUUUUUGUAAGAGGAAAAUAAAGCAUAUUCAUUGUAACUGUUAUGCUGAUCUUGUAUUUUCUUUUUUUUAGGCUUGUGUCAUUGUUUAAGAAUAUCAUAUUGUGAUUUUCUGUACUUGGUACUCAUACAAAGGCAAAUCUAAAAAGUUCCCGUCAGUGUUUUUACAUCGUUAUGUUAAACAAAACUGGUUGUACUCAACCUAAAAUUAGUGAUGAAAAUGUUGGCGCACCCCGACACCAUUAAAUAUCCUCAAAAACAAGGAUGAUGCAGUUUCCUGAUUUUAAAGGGGCCCUGUUUUGCUUCAUGUUUACUGUUGGACUCCUUAUCUUGUACUUGGCCUUAAUGGACCCCUCAGUUCAUGCUGUCUGAAAUUAGCCUUGUUUUGUUUGUGAGGAGCAGCCAAUUAAAAGGAAGAGGAGCAAAGAGUUUUAGGUGAACAGGUGAAUGGGGCCGCUGUGUGUUCAGCGUUGGAUAGUUGAGCUGAUUUAAUCCCAAGUUUGCACAGCUAAAGUUGGCUCAGGAUGGUGGCGCAUGAGAUGAUCCCUCUUGUUUAAAUUAAAAAUACUCUGGGAAUACUGUAAUCAAAUAUCAAUAUUUGGUGUCCCUGUAUCAAUAUGGUAUCACCACGCAUAUUGUGAUACUGUGCUGUGUUGAUUUUAUCUUUUUGUUCACCAGCCCUAAUAAAAACAUUUCUUUUUUGUAAACAAAAUUUACUUAAGUUUAAAAUACCAUCUCAUAAUGUGCAUUCAGAGCCAGAUUUUUUU